CAGCAGCAGCUGAAGACAACCUGGCUAUACUGCAAGGAGGGGCUGAGAGCGUGACUGUAGAAUAGGGAGGAAAACACAGACAGAAGGAAGGAGACAAACGGAGAAAAAGAGAGAGAGAGAGAAAGACAGAAGGGCGAGACACAGACGGAUUUCAGACUGGUUUUUCCAACAUCCUUCAGUUUAGACAUUCAGUUUAGGGCUGGAGCUAAGAGCCUGUAAUCGUCAUGGUCACAUGAUCAUAGUCCUACAUCUUCCUCCAUAGCAUGCUCCAGUCCAGCCAAGCAAAUCAGAGCAUUAUGAGUGUAUCCAGCAGUGGAGCUGCGCUGGUGCAGCAGGUUUAUCCAUUCCAUGAUGGCUGGAACAUCGCCUGCUUCAUCAUCCUCCUACUCUUCAUCCUCACCGUCCUCUCCCUUGCCACGCUGGCUUUCCUCUACGAGCUGCUCGACUGUGGCUGCUUUGCAAAGUCCAAAACCGCCCAUGACCGACGCAACCAGAACGAUGAGGUUGUGUAGCCGACAAGAGAGGAAACCAGGCAAACAGCAUGAUAUACAAACCAGGAGGGGCUGCAAAAAUGCCACAAAGAGCUACGAGACAGACUGGACAGUGCUCUGACACACAGACACACACAGGAUGCCAAGAUUGAUGGAAUGAGCAGUGCACUGAAGGAGCUCCUGUUUGGUCAUAAACAUAAAAAAAGUCUGUAAAAAAAUGUCACUUUUAUUUCUUCUUUGAUCUGUUUUGGUGAGUUAUAACAUUUUGUUCUGUCCUCUCUGGAAAUAUCACAAAUUCUACUAAAGGUCUUUGGUAAUGCCUCUGAAA